AUUGAUAAGGUGUUAGUGCGCGUGCUGCGGUGAUCGGAGAGCCGCGUCCUUCCUUCCUCCCUUUCCUCUCUUUUUGCCCUCCACGCGGGCAACCACUCUGCGGCAACAAUCGCCGCCGAUCAGUCCACGCAACAAAAGUUUUGAGAGAAAGGCUGUAGCGCAGCUGGACCAACUUGUACAAUUGCAACGAGCGUGUUUGCUGUUUCUGCGGCAUCUCGCGUCAUUCGUGGCCACUCGAGGCCGCACACAAUGGGCUCGUGAGCAGAUCUCGAAGACAACGGGUUAGCCACCGAGUCGCAGGAGCAGCCGUUUGUCUCAGCCGCAAGCGAGUGCGACGGGCGAAGCAGCAGCAGCGCUGCCGCCGUCCAGGAGAUGACCCCCGAGAAGCAGCAGGCUGAACUGGAAGCAAAGCUCGCAAAGUUCGUUGCCGAUUCCGCCGCCGCCGAAGUCGCCCGUUCCCACGCGUUCCAGAACUUCUACCUAUCGUUCCAGAGGGACAACAGGCAGAAGCACGACCACUGUGAACGGUUCCAAGCUCAAAGCAAGCAGACUGGUGGCAGAGCCCGUGCCGGCCUCGAGAGUCCGUCAGCCCAAUCGCACUGCGACACAGUGCGUGUUUCAGCCACUGAGUCCGAGACCGGCGACGAAGACACCGGCGACGAGGUAAACGACGACGAAAUCAACCGCUGCCCUGACUGCGACAAACCCUUCAUCAACCUUGAAUCGUUGGACGAGCACCUGGUGUCAGGUCACGGCUACCAGGCCGGGCAGCACAAGUGCGACCACUGCGCGGCGUCCUUCAGCUGGCGGCCGUGCUUGCUGCGGCACAAGAGCGUGCACGGCGAACAGAAGAAGUACCACUGCGAGAACUGCGCCAAGGUCUUCAGCGACCCGAGCAACCUCCAGAGGCACAUCAGGGCGCACCACGUUGGUGCCAGGUCGCACGCGUGUCACGAGUGCGGCAAGACGUUUGCCACGUCGAGCGGGCUGAAGCAGCACACGCACAUCCACUCCAGCAUCAAGCCGUUCCAGUGCGAGGUCUGCUUCAAGGCGUACACCCAGUUCUCCAACCUGUGCAGGCACAAGAGGAUGCACGCCGACUGCAGGUCCGCACCCCAAGGGUCGCAGAUCAAGUGCAACCGUUGCGGACAGGCGUUCAGCACGGUGACUUCGCUGUCCAAGCACAAGCGCUUCUGUGAUUCGAGCCCGCCGAGCUCAGCUUCGAGCGGCUCCUCGAACGGCUCGUCGCUGCCACCGCCGCUGGCUCCGCCGGUGCCGCCUCCUCUGAACACCAACCAUCUGCUGCAGAUGUAUCCUCGUCUGCCCCUGUACCAGCAGAUUCCCUUCCCGGCGCUUCCCGCGCUCUUCUCGCCCACUGCCCAGCCUUUUCUGGGAUUGCUCACGCACAAGAUGAUGCAGCAGCACCACGAAGCCGCCAAGGAACAGGCUGCCAAGCAUGCCAGGCUCUUGCGAAAGACUGCGUUAGCUAACGAGAUGAUGUGUGCACAGGCGGCCGCCGCACCUGCGGCUGAACAGGAGCAACAACGACCGUCGCCGCGACCGGGCAUGACGUACCCGAACCCUCGCGAGGUUCUGCCGCCGUCGCCGACCCAGCGGCGCCGCUCCACGCCUCCCUCUCCGCUGACCGCUCGAGGCGAGGCGUCGUCCCCGGCGCCGCAGCCGCUGGACUUGCGCAUCGGCGCCAAGCGAGAGUCGCCUCCCAGAGACGACAGCCCUCCACCCCAAAAACGCAGUUCCGUGCCCCCGGAGGCAACGCCACCCUCACCACCCCCGCAGGACGAAGACGAUGAAGAGUUGGAAGUUGACGAUAAGCAGGAAAAAGAGUGCUUGCGUCCGCCGGUGGCGUGUCCUUUGCCGCUGCACCCCUUUGACUCGUUCAUGUACCGCCCAGCGUUCCCGCCCUCGUUCAACCCGCCGAUGCACCUGCUGCCGUCUGCCAGGAGCUACGGCUUCGGCACCUCGCCGCUCAGUCCCAGGCUCGGCUUUGGGCAACCACCCUAUAAGCCGAUGCAUGAUUUGACAGGCGGCACCGUCGCCGCCCCGCCACCUCCUACCAAGCAGAAGGACAGAUACACGUGCUCGUUCUGUGGAAAGGUUUUCCCACGGUCCGCCAACCUGACGAGGCACUUGCGCACGCACACAGGUGAACAGCCGUACAAGUGCAAGUACUGCGAACGCUCGUUCAGCAUCUCGUCCAACCUGCAGCGCCACGUGCGCAACAUCCACAACAAGGAGAAGCCGUUCAAGUGUCCGCUGUGCGAGCGGUGCUUCGGCCAGCAGACUAAUUUGGACCGCCACCUCAAGAAGCACGAGGCGGAAGACGCGGGCGGCGUGCUGCUCGACAGUCCGGCCUCCAGCAACGACGACCCGGCGCUGGCCUUCGACGAAAUCCGCUCGUUCAUGGGCAAGGUGGCCGGCGGGUACGCGACCUCUGGCGCGGGCCCCAACCUCCCGCCGCUGUUUGACCUGUCGCGGACGCUGGUCAACAACAACAACCUGACGACGCCGUCGUUCCAAGCCAAAGGUGCGACCUCUCCGCGCACCCACGGACAGAAGGCCCCGAAUCCCAACGUCGCGAACCCCGAGUCACCCUGAUUCCCCGUAACGCUAAGUGUUUUCAAGCCAGAGUCAAGCUUUCCAGUCAACGUUUAACGCUAGUUUGGCGGCCGAAUGUAUAUAGGUUUAGAACUCGGGAUUGAGCCCUCGUGAAAGGUAGAAUAAGUGUGAAACGGCCACAACGAUAAUUGUAUGUCGCGUGCGCUCGGUGGUCAUUGGUAACGCCCGCAUUCGGCGGGAAGAAAGUCACCUCGAGACACACAGCAAUCCUUUGAUGACGUUUAUUGUUAAAAAAUACCACGCAUGUACCAAAAUAAGCUCUCUUUCACUCUUUGCAGUUUAUCUUGUGAGAAAAGAAGCAUCUUAUUAUCCACAAAGUAUUUCAAUCGUCAUUCAUUACAUGGUUGUUAUCAUUAUGAAUAUUACCUACAUAUAGCAUUUAAUAAAACUACCAAAUAGUAAUGCAAAACAACGUUUUUGCGAUUCGCUGUUCAACAAUUUGAAAUGCAAAUCGACCACGAGAAUCUCUCUCACGCUCUCUUUGUGCUUUGUAUACUGUGUGUUUGUGUCGUUUCAUGUUGCGAAAAAUAUCAAAAUAAUGCAAAAAAUUGCAGCUACGAGACGCAAGUUUUAAUAAUAUUAUAUUCUUUGCGUCUAAAAGUCGUGCAAAUCAUUGAAUCAACCUGGAAACUCCACAUUGUAAUUUAUGGGCAAAUUUGUCCUUUAAGAUCAUGAUACCAUUUGUGGAAUAAAUUCCAUCACAUCCAA